UACACGAAAACUGUUAUUUAGCAACAAUAAAACGGAAAGGAAAUAAUAUCGAAGGAAUUAAAUAACGAAAAGUUUACGAGAUUUGUUUUUCAGUCAGAUAAAGGGAUUUAUUGCGAAGAAUUUGAAAGAAAUUUACUAGUUAAAAUGCUUAUUCAUUGUUUGACUAAUACAUGAUGACAGUUGUUAUAAAUCGAUAUAUUUUGCCAGUCAUGAUCCUGCUCUCUGUAAACCAAGCUAUACCACGACCAGGAAGACCUGAACACGUGACUGUUGUUUCUGACGUCAACAAUAUCGGUGUCCAAUGGGAACCUCCCACAGAAACCUACGGAAAUAUACGAAGUUACAUCGUUAGCUUGGCUAUCCUACCAAACUUCACAGAUAUUUCGAGCAUAGUUGAUGGUGACGUCACAAUGUCAACUAUUUCCGCACGUGGCCAAGCUGGACGCUUGUUUCGAAUCAGAAUCCGUGCAGAAAAUGCCGGUGGGAUCGGGCCAUUUUCAUUACCAAAAUAUGUUCGAAUAAAAUGUGGGCGGGACUAUAGUUUGUUUCCUGGACACAAUAUCACAGUAACUUCCCCUGGAGCACAACAAGGCGAUUCACUACGUCCUGGCGUUUUAUGUUCCUGGAAUAUAACGACAAUUCCUAAAUAUUCUUUGGAAAUAACGUUUAACGAAAUAGAUAUGACCGAAAACUUUCCGGAAGAGUGCUCUAACAACUAUAUUGAAAUAAGCGGAAUUGGACGCUUAUGUAAUAACACAAAUACAAACAAACUCGUACGGACUGAUUUACGGGCGGUGCAUUUGAUACUAAGAACCGGAAAACUAGUAGGAAUAAAAGGAUUUCGAAUAAUGUUUAAAAGUGUUGUUUUGUUACCUGGCCCGCCGACAAAUGUACAACUUAGGACAUCGGACCAUGCGAUUUUGAUCACGUGGCGAGCACCAAGGGAGAAUACUUUGGAUAUUACUUCUUACUGUAUCGCUUACAGGGUUGUCUCCCGUAUAAGCCGCUUUUUGGUAACAGUUGGGCACAACAUGCGUCAAUUUGCAAUAAAUACAAAUAAAUUUGAAGGGAAGCUCGUAGAAAUAUACCUCAGCGCUGUUAUUGGGACAGUAGAAGGAACUGUUUCAAAAAAGUUAAUUGCAAGAGCACCUUGUCUCCGUCGCAUCACUCUUAAAGAAACUGACAACGUAAACAUUACCUCGCCUGGAUACCCGAAUUCUUAUCCUAGCAACAUCAUAUGCACGUGGUUUAUAACGUCAGACAGUCACGUGACGUCAUCAAUGUCAAUAACGUAUCUCGAUUUUCAACUUGAAGAUACGUCAUUUUGUAGCAACGAUUACGUAACGUUUUCCUUGAAAGAAAACAUUGAGCAUGAAUGCUCUACGAUGAAGACUCCAAAAACAAUCCAAACAAACGCUCGUAAUUUCACUGUAACAUUAGUAACUGACAGUCAAAAUGAAUUUAAAGGCUUUUGUAUAGGGAUCAAAACACAAGCAAAUGUGAAAGCAACAGAAAAACAUGUUAUUGGCAAGUUAACUACCACAACCAAUUUCAUAAACACGAUGAAACCUGUAACAACCGAACACACUACAAAAACAAAAUUCUUUUCAUCAACGAACGUUGUAUCUUUACUUCAAAAUAACAUGACGUCAUCAAAGAUUGAAAAAGUUACUGCUGCGCCGGCUAGACAUUUUACCACACGAGAACAAUACUUCUUAAAGAAAAAUAUUUCAAGACAGCUGAGCGAAGGAAAGAAUGACAUGCUAACAACGACCCUCUCUGCGCAUGCGUAUACAUAUUCAUCGACAAUUAAAUCGGAAGUAUUAACACAUGACCGCGAAAAUAUCGUGCAAAAUACAACAUUAGAAAACGACUCGUAUAUUUAUGCUGUAGAAACUUUCACAACAAACUUUGACGGCAAAAGUGAAACGACUGGCGAAAUGGGUUCGAAAGACGACAGCGAUCAUGAAGUUUUGUUAGCCGUACUUUUAUCAACUAUAUCCUGCAUUGCAGUGCUACUGUUGUCCACAUGCUACUUUAAAUGGCGGCGUCGACAUGAACAAAUGAAAAUAAAUGUAGAGCCGUCACGAAGGUAUAGGUCAACAAACAUUGAAAUGCAUGACAUUUUGCGAAAGCCGUCACGUGCCGGAAGUAUCGUUUCAAAUUCACACGCUUGCGUGUCAGAAAUUAAUGUACAAACAGUUCCGGCAAGGAGGCUUUUAGAAACCAUUCCUGAAUACCCAGAGGGAUUUGAACAGAAAAAAAAUGUAAAGAAGACUCGAACGAAACGAUGUCAUUCAUUUCCAUUUUGCCUCUCAGUUAGGAGAAGAAAGGUUCACCGGGAAGUCCAGAACGCUUUAAAAUCUUUUAGUUUUAUUGAUGAUCAACAAACGCUAGAAAAGGCAUUAGUACGAAAAAUGCGCUUACGAAGAUUAAACAGUUUUUGAUAUAAAAGUACACUGUUCUGAUUUUUUGCCUUCACGUCUAAGUACUCGAUGCCUUAAAUGUAGGCAACUAGUAUCUGUACACUGGCGCAACGAAGCAAAGUGGAAAAUCAAAAAUUAAGACAAUUCAUCUCCAGUUGAUUUCAGGAACUGUCCGUAAUACGGUCUCCCACAUGGCCAGUCAUUGUAAUUAAAAGAGGAAAGAGAAGUGUCUAACUGUAAAGGCAUUGAACACUAAGCAUGCGGAAUGCCUUAAAAUUGUAGGGUCAUAACCUCUUUUAAUGAAAUAGUUAGUAAUUUUAGAAAGACAGCAGAAAGUAACCCAAGAUUAACGAGGUUUGUAGGUCACAUAUCCACAGAUGUCAGGAUUUCUUGCGACAAAAGAAAAAGAUUUAUAAUAAGUCGUUAUUGGAUUAUGAAUGUAAUAAGAAAUUAUUAAAUUUGAAAAUUUUUACUUCAGUUUAUGACAGCGGUUA